AAGGGGAGAGAGAGAGAGAGAGAUAAGAAGGAGGAGGAGGAGGCAAACAGUCCAAGAAGAGAGAAAUCGUUCGUUCUCGUCAUGCUCGUUGUUGUGGAAUAGGGUUUGUUAGGUUUUGAAUUAGAGAAGUGUUUUAGGGUGAAAAAGCGAAGAAGAAGAAGAAGAAGAAGAAGCGUGCGGUGAAGGAGAAAUAACAGGAGGGAGAAUAAUGUAUGGGGAUUGUCAAGUGAUGUCAAGUAUGGGAAGUAACGUAGUAGUAAACUCAGAAACGCUCUUCUCUUCCUCAAUCCAAAACUCCAACUUCAACUUCAUCCCCACCAUGCCUUUCCAGCCUUUCCAACCUCCCUUGAAAGAAGAAGAGGGGAUGAUGAUGCGAGGGAAGGAAGAGAUCAUGGAGAGUGGUUCUGGUAGCGAACAAGCUGAUCAAGACAAGUCUGGGAACGAGCAAGACAGUGAACAGCCAGCCAAGAAGAAACGCUACCACAGGCAUACUGCUCGUCAGAUCCAAGAAAUGGAAGCUUUGUUCAAGGAAUGUCCACACCCAGACGACAAACAAAGGAUGAAACUGAGCCAAGAGCUGGGCUUGAAGCCACGCCAAGUCAAGUUCUGGUUUCAAAAUCGUCGAACUCAGAUGAAGGCUCAACAAGAUAGAGCUGAUAAUGUGAUACUGAGAGCAGAAAAUGAUAACUUGAAGAAUGAAAAUUAUCGUCUGCAAGCAGCUCUGCGUAAUGUGAUGUGUCCUAAUUGUGGUGGUCCAGCGAUGAUGGGUGCUGAUCUGGGCAUGGAUGACCAUCAGCUUCGCCUUGAAAAUGCUCGCCUUAGAGAAGAGCUGGAACGCGUGUGUUGUCUCACAUCAAGAUACACAGGCCGUCCAAUGCAAACAAUGGCGUCUCCAGCUCCUCCUCUGCUGGCUCCUUCUUUGGACUUGGACAUGAACAUAUACUCAAGGCACUUUGCUGAUCCUGUCCCUCCUUGUACUUCCGAGAUGAUUCCUGUCCCAAUGUUGCCUCCUUCCGAUGCUUCGCCAUUCCCAGAUGGCGGCCUGUUAUUGUUGGAAGAGGAGAAAUCUCUGGCUUUGGAGCUCGCAGUGUCGUCCAUGGAUGAACUCGUGAAGAUGUGUCAGCCAAAUAAGCCGCUCUGGAUAAGAAACAGUGAGAAUGAGAGGGAAAUCCUCAAUUUUGAGGAGCAUGCCAGGCUCUUUCAUUGGCCCCUUAACGUCAAGAACCAUUCUAGUGAACUCAGGAGAGAAGCUAGCCGUGACACUGCUGUGGUUAUAAUGAAUAGCGUCACUCUUGUUGACGCCUUCCUUGAUGCUAUUAAGUGGAUGGAGUUAUUCCCCACCAUUGUUUCUAGGGCAAAAACUGUACAAGUUAUAUCUUCUGGUGCAUCUGGUCAUGCAAGUGGAUCUCUUCAACUGAUGUACGCAGAAUUACAAGUGAUUUCUCCCUUGGUGCCCACUCGCGAGACUCAUUUUCUUCGUUACUGCCAACAAAACGCCGAGGAAGGGACCUGGGCCAUCGUUGAUUUUCCUCUUGACAGCUUCCAUGAAAAUUUUCACCACUCUUAUCCGCGAUACUGCAGGCGACCUUCUGGCUGUAUUAUUCAAGACAUGCCAAAUGGGUACUCAAGGGUAACGUGGGUGGAGCAUGCAGAGGUGGAAGAGAAACCAGUGCAUCAGAUAUUCAGCAACUAUGUGUACAGUGGAAUGGCUUUUGGAGCACAGCGUUGGUUAUGGGUUUUGCAGAGACAAUGUGAGAGGGUCGCCAGCCUCAUGGCAAGGAAUAUUUCAGACCUUGGAGUGAUUCCGUCACCAGAAGCCAGGAAGAACUUAAUGAAACUGGCCCAGAGAAUGAUACGAACUUUUAGCCUGAACAUGAGCACGUCGAGUGGGCAAUCAUGGACGGCGUUAUCUGAUUCUCCUGAAGACACUGUUAGAAUUACAACGAGGAAGAUUACAAACCCAGGGCAACCUAAUGGGGUCAUACUCAGUGCAGUCUCCACCACCUGGCUUCCUUAUUCUCACUCCAAGGUCUUCGACCUCCUCAAGGAUGAACGUCGCAGAUCUCAGUUGGAUUUUCUCUCCAAUGGGAACUCUCUUCAUGAAGUGGCUCAUAUCGCAAAUGGCUCACAUCCUGGAAAUUGCAUCUCCCUUUUGCGCAUAAACGUGGCGAGCAACUCAUCUCAGAAUGUAGAACUAGUGGUGCAAGAAAGCUGCACCGAUCAGUCGGGGAGUCUGGUAGUGUACGCCACCAUCGACGUGGAAUCGAUUCAGCUCGCCAUGUCCGGUGAGGAUCCUUCCUCCAUAGCACUUCUUCCCCAGGGCUUCGUCAUCGUUCCUGCAACAACCUCCGCCGCAGCCAUCAAUGCCAAUUCAACUGAAUCUGCAGCCACUGCCGCGGGAGCACCGCCGCCGCCUGCUUCUACACUGAACCAAGCUUGUCUUCUCACAGUGGGCCUCCAAGUUCUGGCCAGCACCAUCCCAACUGCGAAACUCAACCUCUCCAGCGUCACCGCCAUAAACAACCAUCUCUGCAACACUCUCCACCAAAUCGAAGCUGCUCUUUGCACUGACAACGGCACUUACGUCGUCGGUUCCUGCACUACUGAACCCACCACUACCACAACCCCUAAGCAAUAGUUGAAUCAUUUGCUGUAACUACUGAAUCAAUACCUUCUCAUGAAUAGAUUCGACCUAAAGAACUAGCAGCAGACUAAACCAGCCAAAAGUGAGGCGUAUUAGAAUGGAAUACCUAGCCAGUCCGUGUUCUAAAAGACCGAAUCAGAGUAAGAAUUAGUGUGUGAAUUAGGUAGGGAAGUUAAGGUGUGAAUGGAUGGAUUUGUUUUGUGUGUGGAAAUAUUAGAGAGGGACAGAGGGAGUCAAGAGCGCACCAGAUAUAUAUAUAGUAGUGUAGUACCCUUGGCUCUGUGGUUUAAUGAAGGCCUUUCUGUGGGCUUUUUAGUUAUACCAGAGAGCGAGGGUGGUGGUUCGGGUAUUGACUUCUGCUUCUAUGUCUCGGCCUCUCUACGUCGUCGUCUGCAUAUUUGUCACAUUCAUUUUCAUUCUCAGUUUGUUAAUGUUUCUGUCUUUAUUAUAAUUUUUAUCCUUUUUAUGUGGACUCGGUGUUCAUUAGCAUGUUUCUUGGAUCUUUAUUAAUUCCUUCGUCUCUUAA